UUGAAAUUCCCAUUUAAUUUCACACCACUCCAAAAAUGAAGAAAGCCCAUCUUCUUUCCCACGACAUGGCAACAUGUCAUUGGACUUUCAAGAUCUCAGUCUUAACCAACCUGCCUCUUCUUCGUCUCACUGAUAAUUCAUUGAACUAAAGCGCACAUAUGUAGCAGCUAAUUGGUGUACGUCAGUGGCAUAUGUCAAUGUCUGCUACAAGGGCAUGUGACAGUCAUCAUCACCAGGGAGCCAUGCAACUGCAAUCUCACCCUCCUAAGCGCCAUCAAACUUUUCUUCUGCGCUCCCCUUGCACAACUCCUCUUUCUUCUUAUAAGCUACAUGUGGCUUAGCUUGAAAAACCAAAACCAUACCCAUAAUUCUUGAAGACAUCUGUAAUAUUUCUCUUCAAGAAAAUCAUCAUGAAGAGGCAAAGAAAUGUGGAUGCUGAAAAUAUGAAAGCUACAAAUAUGGCUGAUGGUAAAGCAGCAACGACAAGAACAAGGAUGGCAAUGGCGAAAAAGAUCAAGGGCAAGAGGUCUGUUGAGAAGGUGCAAGAGCAAAGUAAGAAUAUUGGCGGCGAGUCAAGUCCGGGAAUGGUGGACAAUUAUCUAAAUCGGGAUGAGUUGCCAUGGUUAAGAGGGAUUGUGGAUGAGCAAAUGUCAUGGGGUUCCAUCUGGUUGCCUUUUUGGGAUGUGGAGUAUAUGGGUGAGGCCUGUAGUGAAAUGUUUAGUGAUGUUGUCUGGGAUUAUGAUCUGUGGAACCUGAGAAGCAUCAACCAGGGCCAUAUUGAAAAAGAUCCAACAAAUGCGACGUACUGUGUCUACAACUCUGAUGUUGCAACUGGUUAUGGAGUGGGUGCUUUCUUAUUUCUUCUUUCAAGCGAAUCAUUACUAAUGGGUGUAACAAAGUGCAUGUGUUUUGGAAGACCAUUAACUCCAGGCGGAAAUCGAGCUUGGUCCAUCAUCUACUUUGUCUCAUCAUGGUUGACUUUUCUGGUUGCAGAAGCAUGUCUAAUUGCUGGUGCAGCGAAAAAUGCAUACCACACCAAGUACCGAGGAAUGAUAUAUGCUCAAAAUUUCUCAUGCGAAACAUUGCGGAAAGGUGUUUUUGUUGCUGGAGCAGUGUUUGCUGUUGCAACAAUGGUUCUUAAUGUAUAUUACUACUUGUAUUUCUCAAAGGCUACUGCUCCUCUUCCAGCCCAGAAAGCAAAUCGUACAAGUUCAAAUGUUGGGAUGACUGGCUACGCAUAGAAUCAUCUACGAGACCAGAUAACUAAGUUUUGCUUAAUGAUGUUUUGAGUUCUGGUGGUGAUUGUAUCAUACGAUUGUUGUGCUUAUCUGGUGAUAUAUAGUGAGUUUGUGAUUUAUGAAA